CGGUAGGGAGAACCCCUCAUCCUGGGCUUUUUUAAUUUCUCAAGAGGAACGGGUGGCGGCGGAGAGAGGUCUUCGUGGCAGCGUCUGGAAGUGCCCUGGUCUGGUCUAGCUGGGCGCGGAGCCGGGGCUCCGGUAUUACAGCUCUAGCUCCGGCAGAGGGUCAAACUACCAAGGGGCUUCCCCUUUAACUGCGGUGGGCGGGGCGCAGCGUCGCGCCCCGCGUUGCUAUUGGCGGCGGUUAGGGGCGCGGAAACUGAACCCGCUGCAACGGCCUCGGCUUCUGGCUGCGGCUUCUCGGGCGGCGGGGGCGCUGCCGGCCGUGCCAUGGCCGCGCCCAGCCUGGAGGACCCCUCGCUGGAGAGGCAUUUUAAGGGCCACCGAGAUGCAGUUACCUGUGUCGACUUCAACCUCAGUACAAAGCAGCUGGCCAGUGGCUCCAUGGACUCAUGCCUCAUGGUCUGGCACAUGAAGCCCCAGUCACGGGCCUACCGCUUCUCCGGCCACAAGGAUGCUGUCACCUGCGUCAACUUCUCUCCCUCGGGACACCUGCUUGCUUCAGGCUCCCGUGACAAGACCGUUCGAAUCUGGGUACCCAAUGUCAAAGGGGAUUCGACUGUGUUCCGUGCGCACACGGCCACAGUGAGGAGUGUCCACUUCUGCAGUGACGGCCAGUCUCUUGUGACGGCCUCUGACGACAAGACUGUCAAGGUGUGGUCAACUCAUCGCCAGAGGUUCCUGUUCUCCCUGAGCCAGCACAUCAACUGGGUCCGCUGUGCCAGGUUCUCCCCCGAUGGGCGACUCAUCGUGUCUGCCAGUGAUGACAAGACUGUCAAGCUGUGGGACAAAAGCAGCCGGGAAUGUGUCCACUCGUACUGUGAGCAUGGCAGCUUUGUCACCUACGUGGACUUCCAUCCCAGUGGUACCUGCAUUGCUGCGGCCGGCAUGGACAACACAGUGAAGGUGUGGGAUGUACGGACCCACCGGCUGUUACAGCACUAUCAGUUGCACAGUGCGGCCGUGAACUCCCUCUCCUUCCACCCCACGGGAAACUACCUGAUCACAGCAUCCAGCGACUCGACCCUGAAGAUCCUGGACCUGAUGGAGGGCCGAUUGCUCUACACACUGCACGGGCAUCAGGGUCCUGUCACCACUGUUGCCUUUUCAAGAACUGGGGAGUAUUUUGCUUCUGGAGGUUCUGAUGAGCAGGUGAUGGUUUGGAAGAGUAACUUUGACGUUGCUGCCUAUGGAGAAGCCAUCAAAGUGCAGAAGCCCCUAGCCACGCUGGCCAACUCUGCCAGGACUCUGCCAGAAGAGGAUUUCCGCCUGCCAUCAGCUGCAGGCAGGAGUCUGGAGUCGGUGCAGAGCCAGCCACAGGAGCCCAGCAGCCUGCCCCAGGCGCUGACCAGCACCCUGGAGCACAUCGUGAGCCAGCUGGAUGUCCUCACCCAGACGGUCUCCAUCCUGGAGCAGCGGCUGACGCUGACGGAAGACAAGCUGAAGCAGUGUCUGGAGAACCAGCAGCUAAUCAUGCACAGAACAACACCGUGAUCAUGGGAGCACGAAUCAGGAACGCAGUUGAUUUGGGGGGUGGCAGGCCAGGGAUUUGUACCAUGGGACUUGGAUAAAUAAAAGGGGAGAGGUUUCAGUUCAGUGGGAAUCACAUCCAUCCCUGAGCCCCAUGGCUUAAUGCAGUUCUGGCCCUAGUUUGCUGUUUGCAGGAGGGCAGCCCCACGAUGAAGAGGUUUGAAAUCAACCUACCAGGACCACGUUCAGUUUACCAUGAGGGAGCCCCUUGUUAGCACUUGCUACCUCUGGUCCUGUCCACCUGGCUUGCUCCUCAUGCCUUUCCCACACCUGCCAUGGGCUAGAAAUGGAUGGCUCCUUGGUCAGAGGUAUCAGGAGUGCUCCUCAGAUCUGAAAAAAAAUGCUCAAUUGGGCACUUAGGAGUCAGGUUUGCCCAGGCCCUCUGGGGUAGGCAGGAACUGUGCAGCGACCUUGACUUCUGUCUGUCCUGGCCAUGUGCACUAGGGCCUGGCAGCUCACUCCUCCCUGCUUGCAGGAGAGCAAAGGAAUUGGAACAUUAAAACCAACUUGACUGA